AGAUAAUAAUUAUACCAUUCGUCAACGUCGUCCACAUAAAUAGAGUAUUACACUCCAAUAACACCGGCAAAUUGAACUUAUUAGUGUCUCUUUACUGUUGCUGGGUCCAACCGAAUAUUGUAUUUUGAUCAUUUGGAUGAUUGUGUCUCGUUCAAUUCAUAUUUCGUUUAAAAUUCUAAAGUGUAUCGCAACCAGAAAUAUACAUCAUCUUAGCCGUACCUUUGAUAAAGAAAUUAAAAUGACACUCAAUCCGAGAGCAUCUGGAGAGUACAUAGUGAAACAUGCUAAGCAUUUGUCAAUUGAUCCAAAUGGGAUUCAAAAUCUUGUAGAAAAGGUCAUCGAUGGCAUUAAAUCAAAGCAAAUCGACAUAGAGAAUUUUUCUCAACAUGAACAUCAUCCAUCGGCAAGUGAUGAAUACGCUCCGAAUUGGAUUUUCCUCAUUGACACCCUAAACUUUUGCUUUUGGACUCCGGGAGAUGCAACCAAAUGGAAAGUCGAUGGAAACACCGGCUAUUUUGCUUUGUGUGCCGCAAUCAAUCGUGCAAUGAAGGAAGGCAUCGAUAUUACAAAUCCGGCCUAUUACUCUAAUAUCACAACUGCUGAAUUGGAACGCAUAUUACGGUCAGACGAUGGGCUAACUAAAUGUCCGUUGAUUGAGGAGCGUGUUGGAAUUUUGCAUGAUGUUGGAAAGAAAUUGUUGACCAAAUUUAAUGGCAAUUUUAAGAAUUGCGUGAUGGAAGCCAACAAUUCGGCCCAGACUUUGAUCAAAUUGGUGGUGGACGACUUUCCAUGCUACAAAGAUGAGGCAAUCUACUGCAAUGAAAGUGUUGCCAUUUACAAGCGAGUUCAAAUUUUAGUUGGAGACAUCUGGUCGUGUUAUCGCGGUGAGAGCCUAGGGCAAUUUGACGAUAUCCAGACAGUCACAAUGUUUGCUGACUAUAGGGUACCUCAAGUACUAGUGCAUUUCGGCGCAAUUAAGUAUUCGAACGAGCUACUUGAAUUGUUGAAGAAGGAUACUAUAUUGGCUAAUGGGUCCCCUGAAGAGGUGGAAAUUCGCGGUGCUUCAAUUUAUGUGGUUGAGCAGUUGAAAGAUUUGAUUCGACACGAAAUCAAUGAAAAUCAUCCAGACCUUUCGACGAAACAUGUCAACUCAAUUUUGUUGGAUCAUUUCUUGUGGGAUUAUCGUCGACGAUUUGCGAAUGAAUUAGAAUAUAUCCCUUUCCAUAAGACGAUCAGCAUUUAUUACUGAAUGGUUUCCGAUUUGUCGAUGAAAUAAAUAAAUAUUUUUGUAAUGAGAA